CUCCAGAAAUUUCUCCGCCCGAGCGAUUCGCGACGAAUCGUCAUGGCUUCUCGUGCCGCGCUUGCUCGCUCUGCUUUCCGGGCUCCGAUUUCUUCAUCUCCUUCCGUCUCCUUCUCCCCGUUGCGAAGAACCACGAUCUCUCCUUUCCCUUCGAAUCGAGUUUUCAGAUUUCGGGUUCAUUCCGAGGCCAAGUUGGAAUCCACUACUCAAGUAAAGGAGGAUCAGAGUGAUGGAACAUCAAACGCAUGGAAGAUCAAAAUGCUUUACGAUGGAGAUUGUCCUCUUUGUAUGCGCGAGGUAAACUUUCUAAGAGAAAGGAACAAGUCAUAUGGUGCUAUCAAAUUUGUUGACAUAAGCUCCAAAGAUUACUCCCCUCAGGAGAACCAGGGUCUCGAUUACAAAACUGUGAUGGGAAGAAUCCAUGCAAUUCAAUCUGAUGGCAUGGUGGUUACAGAUGUUGAAGCAUUUCGAAGAUUGUAUGAGGAGGUUGGCCUAGGAUGGGUUUAUGCCAUUACAAAAUAUAAGCCAAUGGCUACUAUAGCAAAUGCAAUCUACAGUGUUUGGGCAAAGUACCGUCUGGAAAUUACAGGGCGUCCUCCAUUGGAAGACAUUAUGGAAUUGAGGAGGAAAAAUGCAGGUGAAAUAUGCACUGAUGAUAAAGUAUGCAAGAUGUAGGCACCCUCCUCAAAUGGUGAAUCCUUCUGGUUCCCUGGUUAGAUACAUACAGUUAAAGUAUGGGUAAUAGUUCAAUUGGAGUCGUAUGAACAUAGUAAAUGAAUGUCACAAUUUAAUUAUAAAUAUUGUAAUAACUAUAUAUAUAUAUAUAGAGGUUCGAUAGGAUUCUUAGUCAUUUAAAAUUUUGAAUUAUAAUGUAUAAUUUAAGAUUAAAAAAUUGUUUUAUUAAAUUUGGAUAUCUAAUUUUCAAUAUAUCAUAUAUCAAUUUUUCUAUUUUUUUCUCUAAUAACAUUUAGUAAAUGAAAUUUAUUCUCUAAAUUUAUAAAAGUAUUGUUCAUAAUUACAUAAUUUAAGGAAUGGAUGGAUUAGCUGAUAUAAAAGUUUUUUAACUAUUUAUUUAAAAUUUAUGAUAAAAUCUUUAAAUAGGGUAAUUGAUGUAGAUAUUUUUAGCUCCUAAUAACUCUUACGUGUUGUUACGAAAGCUUAUAGUUGCCUUAGGGCUAUAAUGUAGUGGUUUUAAAUAUGGAUUUUAAAAUUUUCAAGGUCAGAGAUUUAGCUACGAUGGAUUAUACAGAAAUUUUUUUUUUAAUGGAUAGAGGAUUUGAAAAAAAUUGAUCGUUUGAAUAGAUAAUCACAAGUGCCUUCUCAUACCCAAUCGGAUAUUUUUAUGUGCCGGAAUGAUAAGGCUCAUUUCUACAUCCUGUCUAACCUUAAGAUAAUGAUUAGGAGGGUAUUUAAAUACAGUGUGGUGGAUUAAUUAUUAUUACUAUCUAUUUAUAUUUUUAAGCAGAAUAUUGGCUUAAUUUUCCUUAAGCCAAGUCACUUGGGCCGGUCCAGGGCGAGGCCCGGGAUCGGGCCAAUUGGAUUUCUAGAAUGAUCCUGUCUCUUCCAGGCUUCAUUAUCUCCGUCUCCAUCUCCUCGAUCACCUUUGGACUUCCAGUGAUAGGGUUUCUGCUGCUAUAAAUACGCACCCAGAAGA